CAUAGAAUCACGAUGAUCCCGUUGCCUAAGGUCGACUUCCCUCAUCAUAAGUUAUCUGAAUAUUUAUCAAAAAUAAUAUUUGCUUUCUCUUUUUGUUUUAAAUUCUCAAUAUGUUCCCAUGAUUUCUUUGCUUUUAUUUACGCGAACUGAUUUGUUUGUGUUAAAUAUUUAUUUAUUGAUUGAUUGAUUUAUGUAUUUGCUUAUUUACUUAUUAAACCAAUUUUGAUCAGGCUUGACGUGGAUUUUGUUGGUCGUCGUGGGACAUUCAAGAACUUUUUGGAAGCUGGAGGCAACAGAAACAUUGAUAUCCGACUUGUGGUGACCCUUUACCGGGGAACCUAUUUUAUCACAGAGUUCUCUGGUCUCUGGAAAACAAAGAGAGAGCAAAACAGGGAUGAUCGGAUGCUAGGGGCUUCUUCAAAAACAUUUCUCAAAUUUAUAACAAGCAGUAAGUACAAUUCAAAAUAAAUACUAGUUCUCUAUAUUAAACAGUAAGUAUAUAUUACAACAACAAAACUACAAAAUAAUAAAUAAAUAGAUCAUAAUUAGAGGUUAUUUUAAGUCAUGACUUGAAUUUGUAGGUGUUAUGCUGGACAACCAUAUUACAUCAAACAUUUAGUAUAAGAUUUAGUAAAUACAUUACUGUCCUAUACCAUUUUUUCAUUGCCAAAAAGGAUGAUAUCGAUGUCGUAUAAUGAUAUGUAAAGUUAAAUGAAAAGGCGAAUGUAUAUAUGGUAUCUUAAAAUGAGGGCGUUGUAUUCACCUUAUGAUAAGUAUAGGAUCCCUACGAAAAACAACUUUUUGCUGAUCAGGGUGUUCCAGCCCACAAUGAAAAAUGAUGGAAAUCAAAUUUGAUGAAUAAAAAAUAUUUACGCCAUGAAUAGGUAUGACCAUGUAAGGUCAAAAUAUAUGCAUCUGGCAUUCGGUCAUACUGGGAGGUUUAGUGUUGUGAUCUAUACCAGAAGUUGGUCCUGCUUCCGAAAUUAAUUUUAAUUUAUUAAGUGCCCGAAAAGAAAAUUGUCCUUAAAUCAGUAUCGGCAAAUUCUUUUUUGUUUGUUUUAAUGAAUGUUAUUCGUAUUCAAUCAGAUGACAAAUGCGCCCCGGACACCCCUGCUCCCGUGAACGACAAUGCAUCCUUUUACGCAAUGAUGAGCGCCAACUGCGGCAGACAUCGGCUGCUCUUUAGCUUUGAGGUGCAGGCAGAAUGGAAGGAUGAGAUCGCGUCCCCUCCGUGGAACUACCUGAACGUACGCACGGCGAACGGCCAGUCUAUACAUCCGAUGAAGGCCUUAAGAUGGUGGGCUGCCAACGCCCUUUCCGAUAUUCCGGAGAUAGUCUGUGGAUUGCGAGAUGACAAACGCAGAAUCGUGCAAACAUUUCAGUACAUCAAAACCAAUAAUCUACCGACAGAAUAUGCUCAGGACAAGUGGCAACCAGAAACUUGCAUCAAAACAAUGGAAUCAUUGCUUUCUCAGAUCAAAGAACUGGUGCAAGAUGACGAUGCAAGUACCGUCUAUCAUCUCGUACUCGAGCCAGUUGAAGGAGGUCGGGAAUUGGAACAACGUCUUUCAAGCCGUCGCUUCGUCUCUCGGGGCAAACGAACAGACGAUUUCACUUUUGUUGAGGAAUCACUUCUUCACGACAUACUUGAUUCGGAGUGAAUAUUAUUAGUAAAAACUCCAUCCCGGCACGGACGUUCUUG